GGAGGAGGAGGCCGAUCCGCAGCCGCCGCGCAGGAGAGGGGGAUGCCGGAGAGACGCGGCUGGAGCCGGGGAAGCAGCCCGCCGCUCGCCCGGGUGGGAUGGCGCGCCUGGUCCGCCUGAUGCAGCUGCUGCUCCUGGGCUGCUGCUCCCUGGCUGCGGUCGUGCCGCCGGCGGCGCCCCUGUGCCCCGAGCCAUGCGACUGCCAGCAGCAGCAGCACCUCCUCUGCACCAACCGCGGGCUGCGGGCCGUGCCCAAGGCCCUGGAGCCGCACGACAUCCUCACCUACAGCCUCGGCGGGAACUUCAUCGCCAACAUCUCCGCCUUCGACUUUCACCGCCUGGUGGCGCUGCAGCGCCUGGACUUGCAGUACAACCGCAUCCGCACGCUCCACCCCAAGGCCUUCGAGCGCCUGGCGCGCCUGGAGGAGCUCUACCUGGGCAACAACCUGCUGGCGGCCUUGGCCCCGGGCACGCUCCGGCCCCUGGCCAAGCUGCGCAUCCUCUACGUCAAUGCCAACGAGAUUAGUUACCUCAGCACGGCUUCUUUUGCGGGCCUGGUCAGUUUGGUCAAACUGCGCCUGGACGGCAAUGCCUUGGCCUCUCUGGGUGACGCCACCUUUGCAGGGAUGGCCAACUUGGUCUACUUGCACCUGGAGGCCAACCACAUUCGCUGGCUGAGCCGCAACGCGUUUGCAGGACUGGGCAAACUGCGAUUCCUGGACAUGUCGGGCAACCAGCAGGAUUCCUUGCGUCACCCAGACACCUUCCGGCCUAUGCGCUUGCUCAGCACCCUUCUUCUCUCAGGCAACAACAUACAGCAGUUGGCAAAAGGGCUUUUCCAACACUUGCCCAAUUUGACCAAGCUGUCCAUGAGUGGGAACCGCCUGGCUGGGUUGGCGCCAGAGGCCUUCACGGGGCUGGGGGCCCUCAAGGAAUUGCGCUUGGAAGGCAAUUUGCUGAGCCAGCUCCCUGCCGCAUUGCUGCACCCCUUGCCUAGCCUGGAAGUACUCGACCUGAGCCACAACUUGCUUGUGAGCCUUCACCCUGCCGCCUUUGGCCACCUGCACAAGCUGCGGGAGCUCAGCUUGCAGGAAAACGCCCUGGCCACAGUGUCUGGGGACCUUUUUGCCUCCAGCCCAGCUCUCUACCGAUUGGAACUUGACGGGAAUUCCUGGAGCUGUGAUUGCCACCUGCGAGGCCUGAAGCGCUGGCUGGGUUCCUGGCAUUCCCAGGGACGGCUCCUGACCGUCUUUGUGCAGUGUCGCAGGCCGCUUGCCCUGGCUGGGAAAUAUCUCGAUUAUCUGGAGGAUUCCCAGCUCCUCCCUCCUCCCAAUGGCUCUUGUUCUGAAGCGGUGGCCUCUCCUUCCCCAACCUCUCAAGUCAAUGCCAGCUACAGCCCAGGCUUGAUGCCGGAGGGGCUGAGCUCUUUGCCCUCUGCCUCCACCACGCAGCCGGUCGGCUCCCAGAAGAUGUUAGCCCUCCUGCCGGAAAGGGGCGGCUGGGGGACUGACACUAGUCCUACCAUCUCAACAUCCAGCUUGCUGCUCAGCACCAGGCCCCCUCCCCUGCCCGGUGGUGCUUGGCCCAGGCGGGCAGGGAAACACCACUUGGUCUCUUCUGUGUCUGCUGUCCCUCCACUGGUCACUGACCCCUGUGAUUUUAACAAGCUCUUUCUGUACAACCUGUCGGUGGAGUCAGUGAGCACCAGUGCAGUGACUGUGCGCUGGGGGGUCCGCCCGCAUCGUAGCCCUCGGUUGCUGGGGCCCGUGCGCUUCAGAAUCCUCUUCGACCGCUUUGGGGCUGCUGUCAAGUUCCAGCGUUUUGUUUACCUCCCUGAAUGGAGCGAACCGACGGCCACACUCCAGGAGCUGCGCCCUGAUACCCCUUACUUGGUCUGCGUGGAGGGCAUCGUUGGGGGCCGUGUCUGCCCAGUAGCGCCACGGGACCAUUGUGCGGGGCUGGUCACCUUGCCUGAAGAGGAUGCGGGAGCGGCUGCUGCUGUGGCGGGUGGGGCCCGAGGCCCAGACCAGCAGUUUCUCACCCUGGUGCUGCUGGCAGUGAAUGCGCUGCUGCUGUUUCUGGCCCUGGCAGCCUGGGCCUCCCGCCUGGUGCGGAAGAAGGUGCUCGGGUGCCGUCAUAGGAAGGCAGCGUCACCGGUACAUGUUAGGCAGAUGUACUCCACCCGUCGGCCCUUGCGCUCCAUGGGCACUGGUGUCUCUGCAGACUUCUCUGGCUUCCAGUCCCACCGUCCUCCCCGCAGCACUGUGUGUGCCUUAAAUGAGGCUGACCUCAUUGAGUUUCCUUGUGAGCGCUUCCUGGACAGUGCUGUUGGUGGAGGGAACAGCAGUGCCCGCCGUGGAGAGGAUCACCUCUUGCAGCGGUUUGCGGACUGAGAGGGAUGGCCUUCAGAGAACUACAGCUUGCAGGAAUCUGUUAUGCUGGAAUCUGCUGCAUGUUGAAAUCAUGGUUUAGGAAGGUCUUCUGGGAACUGUAGUCUAUACUUGGAGAAAAAUGGUGGUUCAUCUGAGAAAUGGGGGAUGGCUCUAGGACAGAAUCUGCUCAGACACAGCAGCUAAGGAGGUUUUCUAUUACUUAAGUGGUUGCUACUUAGGGACCAAACUUAACUACCAUGGGAUUCCACCACUAUUCUUUCCUGAUGUUGGAUGGGCACUGAUUGUUGUUCACUGGCAAACAGCAGUAUUUAAAAAGUCCAUGUGUGGGUUAAUUUUCUCAGUUGUCCCAUCAUUUUCCACACUGGGAAAUGUUAUUUCUUUCAUUAUACUCUCUGCCCCAAGAUUUAACUCUGUUGCUAAUAAUAAUUAUUCUUGAACAGGAAAUGAACCAAGAUAGACUUUGAGAUGGAAAAAAAUGGUGCUGUGUAUGUUCCCAGCUGAACUGGUUUCUGUGCCUUUUAUGUUGCCUUUACCUGUGGUAUCGCACCAUUUUAAGUGCUGUUCCCAUUAAUGAAUAGCCAGGGCACAGGUUGGGCUCCUGUUUCCCAGGACUAUGAUCUGGUUAGGUUUUAAUUCACUUGUGAACAUCACAGCCCACAAUCAUAUGAAGUCCAUGCAUACUGCUGCUGCCAACAUUGGCAUUGCUGUGCAUUGCUGUGCAUGCAUGGAAUACAUUUGGAACAAGGCAGAAGCCAAAGGUUGAGAAAAGGCUGAGGAAGAGCACAUAUUUACUCUGCAGAAUGUCCCAGAUUCCAAUCCCUGACAGCUCCAGUUAAAGAAUCUCAGAGUGUUGGGGAAGCCCUUUCUCUACCAGUCCCUAGUGAGCAGCUGCCAGGUGGAACAGACAGUUCUGAACUAGGGAGACCAGGGACUGACUCAGCAUCAGGCAAUUUUCUAUGUUCAUUGUAGUGUUACUACAUUCUGUAGUUCCCUUUCAGCAAUGGGGUUUUCAGUAGUGCUCUCAAGAGGUACAGUCAUGUCUAAAGGCAACCUAAGAGGCUGUAGAAUUGACCCCCUAGUGCCUGAUUCACAGUAUCGUAUCUAAAGCUGGUGAAAUUUCAGAUACUCCCUUUCUGGUGUAGUGGUUGUGUGCGGACUCUAAUCUGGGAGAACCGG